GUUUUGUGUGUAUGUGUGUUAGUUAAUCGCCUUGACAACGAGAAUCAUGAUUUUCGCCAAAUUUUGGCUUAUCGGAAGUUGCUUGGUGUUAAAUGCUGUUUGUUCAUUACCAAUUGAUGACAAUGCGAUUGACUACCUUAGAAAUUACGGAUAUUUACCUAAGACGUCAUCUAGAUUUGGUGAUGACAUUUUACAUGAGGAUACAGCAACCAACGCUUUGAAAGCUCUGCAGAGAUUAGGAAACAUCCCUGAAACUGGAUUUCUAGAUGAUGCAACAAAAGCAUUGCUACGGAAACCUCGAUGUGGAAACCCAGACUUUGAAACUAUUCCGACGAACAGCAGCAGACACAGAAGACAGAAACGUUAUGUUCUAGGGCCAACUAAGUGGGAUAAGUUGGAUGUCACGUGGAAAUAUUUAAACAGGAAUUACCCAAGAGGUGAAAGAGAGCAUGGGCAAAUUAGACGUCUUAUUUACGAGGCGAUGGAAUUUUGGCAGCAUAACAGCAAUCUUAAACUAAGAGAAACGGCUGAUGAAAGAGCUGAUAUUUUGAUUGAUUUUGCUCGAGGGAAUCAUGGUGACAAUUUUAACUUUAAUGGAGCAGGCGGAAGUCUGGCGCACGCUUUCUAUCCUGGUUCCGGUCUUGGCGGUGAUGUUCAUUUAGAUGAAGAUGAACUUUGGGAUAUCGAAAACGGUGUUGAAGGAGAUGUCAAUUUCUUCUAUACAUUACUACAUGAAUUAGGACACUCAAUUGGUCUUGGACAUUCAAGCACUGUCGAGUCUAUAAUGUAUCCUUGGUAUUCAAAUGGAAGAACGUUUGAUAGAUCUACGAAGGAGUUAUACGACGACGAUAAAUGGGGCAUUGAACAGCUUUAUGGGAAGAAGAGUGGAAAGAGUUGGGGACCAAUCGCUCCACGGAAAACAACAAGACGCUUCACAACGACAACAACUGCGAGACCAAGAUUUCAAACAACGGAAGUGUCAACCACAAAGGCGCCAAAGCCCGACAAAUGCAACAUCAGCUACGAUGCGAUUGGAAUCAUUCGGAAUGAAUUGAUGAUUUUCAAAGGCAUUUGGAUGUGGCGAUUCAGAGAUGGACGUCUCUUGCAGGGUUAUCCAGUGGAAUUCUUUCGAAUGUGGCCUGAAUUACAAUCAUUUGAUCACAUCGAUGCUGUUUUUGAAAGGAAAGAUGGCAAAUUUGUAUUCUUCAUAGGCGAUGACGUUGUUGUUAUUGAUAGCCAUCAGAAAGUUUAUACACACAACCUUGAAUACCUCGGAUUUCAUCGAAAUAUUAAAAAGAUUGAUGCCAUAUUUACAUGGGGAUACAACAACCGAACUUAUGUCUUCAGUGGACCUUACUUUUGGAGAGUCGAUGAUAAUCUUCAUGUCGACAACUCUAUGAACAAAUAUCCACGUCCUAUCCGUGAACGCUGGGACAAAGUUAAUAAGAUUAAAAUUGACACAGGAUUUCAAACUGGCGGAAAAACGUAUUUCUUUAGUGGAAAAGCUUUUUAUUUAUUCAAUGAUGAAAGUAUGACAUUGGAGAUUAGAAACCCACGAGCGUCUUCGAAAGUUUGGAUGAAUUGUCAACUUACAGACGAAGAGUUGUCAAGUAUUCAAAGGUCGGCAAGGAUUCAAAGUGAAGAAGACUUAGAAACGUCAACAGCACCUUCAACCGUCACAGUCUCAGUAUUUACAUUUUUAUUAGCUUUUGCAAAUAUUUUUACUUUUUGAAAUUUUGUUCAAAAUUUAAGCUUACUGCCGAUAAAUUAUUAUUUUUAUAUAAUUUUUGUGAGGCCAUAAAUGAACUGCCAUAUUGUUGAAAGCUUUAUUAAAAGGAACGACACUGUCUGAAGCAAUAAUUUAGAGAGAUUUUGAAAUGAAAAGAUUGUACGUAAUUUUGUUUUAAUUUAUAUUAAGCUUUUAGGUAAUUUGCAGAUAAUUUAUUUGUAAGCUAAUACAUGUACGCCCACAUAAACAUUGCCUGUGAUAUUUGAUUUGAUCAAAAUAAUUUAGGAUUUUUUUAUUUUGUUGUACUUAAUGCACUAAGUUGAAAGGAACCAAUUUAAGGCUUUUUUGAUAUUAAUAAAGAAAUUCUUUGAAUAACAAACAAUCAUAA